GCUGCAAGCCAGGUCCUGGCGCCUGGAAGGCGGAAGCGCGGCGUGGCGCGAGCAGCUGGGCUGAGGCGCGGAGACCCGGUGGGGCGCGCCACCUCCGCGCUGCCGCCUUGCGCCUCUUCUCCAGCAGGGUGCCGCCGGGCGAAGGGAGAGGGCCCCUCGGAGGCCCGCGGGACGACCAGCCCCGAGCCCGGCGUUACCCGGACCGACCCCCAGGGAACAUGGGCGUUCUCAGGGCCGGGCUGUGCCCGGGCCUCACCCAGGACACAGUCCAGCUUCUGAGGAGCCGCGGGAUCAAGACAGUGGUGGACCUGGUUUCUGCAGACCUGGAGGAUGUAGCCCAGAAGUGUGGCUUGUCUUACAAGGCCCUGGUUGCCCUGAGAAGAGUGCUGCUGGCUCAGUUCUCAGCUUUCCCCUUCAAUGGCGCUGAUCUGUACGAGGAACUAAAGACCUCCACAGCCAUCCUGUCCACUGGCAUCGGAAGCCUAGACAAACUGCUUGAUGCUGGUCUCUACACUGGAGAAGUGACUGAAAUUGUAGGAGGCCCAGGUAGCGGCAAAACCCAGGUAUGUCUUUGUGUGGCUGCAAAUGUGGCCUAUGGCUUGCAGCAGAAUGUUGUAUACGUUGAUUCCAAUGGAGGACUGACAGCCUCCCGCCUCCUCCAGCUGCUUCAGGCUAGAACCCCAGAUGAGGAGGAGCAGGCAGGAGCUCUCCAGAGGAUCCAGGUGGUUCAUGCGUUUGACAUCUUCCAGAUGUUGGAUGUGUUGCAGGACCUCCGAGGCACUAUGUCCCAGCAGGUGAGCAGUGCCUCAGCGACUGUGAAGGUGGUGGUUGUGGACUCGGUCACUGCCGUGGUCUCCCCACUUCUGGGAGGUCAGCAGAGGGAAGGUUUGGCCUUGAUGAUGCAGCUGGCUCGAGAGCUGAAGACCCUGGCCCGGGACGUUGGCGUGGCGGUAAUGGUGACCAAUCACAUGACCCGAGACAGGGACAGUGGGAAGCUCAAACCUGCCCUUGGACGCUCCUGGAGCUUUGUACCCAGCACCCGGAUUCUCCUGGACAUUGAGGAAGGGGCAGGGAUGUCAGGCAGUUGGCGCAGGGCCUAUCUGACCAAAUCUCCCCGUCUGCCAACAGGUUUCCAGGAGAUGGUAGACAUUGGAACCUGGGGGACUCCAGAGCAGAGCCCCACGUCACAGGGAGAUCAGAUGUGACUGUUCUACUGAUUGGGAAAGGGAGGGCCAUCAUGGGCCCCCCAACUCUGUGCACAGUAACACCUGCUGUUCACUGCCAUCCAGCGCUUGGGAUUCCAGUCGAAGCUCUUGGGCUGGACAGAAGAGGCAUCUCUGUUUCUGCAGCCUCUCUUUCUGUGGAAACAGAGCUACAGGCGAGAGAGGUGCUGUGGUGGAAGGACCCAGAAAUCCAUGCCGGUGCCAAGUUUUCUUCCUUGUUUCUAUCAUGUAUGUUUCCAGUGGGAGCUGAGUUCACCCUGGCUUAGGGCAUUUCUGAAGAGGCAUGCUAGUAACUGAGCAGAACCCUGUGUGUCAUCGUUGUGCCUGCACUCCAUCCUUACACAGUGAUUGAGCCAUGAAGCCUCCGGCUUGCCCCCGCUUCUCUCUGUUUUGUUUGUUUUUGUUUGGGGGUUUUUGGCCUCUGUUUUUCCAUCCAUAAGAUGGAGCUCCCCUAGCUUUGUCUCUGAGGUACUAGGUGGAAGUGCCCUUGUAAAUGCAAAACCUUUAUCUAUGUCAUGUUCUGAAAAAUACAAAGACGAAAUUCCCUGAGCCCCAAAGCCACCUAAUUUCCCCCCAGAAGGUUGUUUUUCAGUUUCCCCUAGUGAGGUUCCAAAGAACGGUUAUUCCUUUUUUCCCUCUUGCCGAUUUGGUUUCACACACCUGCAUGCAUCACCAUGACUAGGUGAGAUUGUGAACUCCCUGCAGUCCCAGGGAUAUAAUCUAACAGGAAGGGAGGAUGUGACCACAGUGAAUCCAGCUACUUGUUUAUUAUGCACGGUGCCUUGCAGGGCCCCUCUACAGUAUAGAGUAGCCAAAGGUGCUGAACCAUGGCCUUGCCCAUAAACAGACAGAGGAGAAUUUGCACAGUAAAUACAGCCAGCUGGGAAAAUUGAUGCUGGCGUAAAUAAUACAUGGCAAAUCUAGUCCUUUAUGCAGAAAUUCAUUGCCAGUGGCUCCGAGAUGCAAUAUAAUUACCCUUCUCUUCCUGCCAGCUGUACCACAGCCUGGUGCCCUAGUGUAUGAAAUAACCCUCCUGUCUGUUAUUGGCACUGUGGCCAUCCAUCUGAGGGCUGUAGCCAUGGCUGGGGGGGGGGGGGGCAGGGGGUGGUGAGGAGGACACCAGGGAAAGAAUAAUAAAAGGCAAAGUAGAGAAAUGAUCAGAAUUGUUUACUGACUACAUUUUUUAAAGGAAGGUCGCCUUUCUUGGUUAGAGAGCCUGUCAUGUAAUUAAUUAGUUGUGUCUUGGCUGCAAGAAAAGGGGGGUCAGAGUUACAGGGGGAAGCUAGGACAUUAAGAUGAUGAACGUAGCCGAGGCAGAAGCAGGAAGCGUGGAGGACCGGGAACGAGCAGCACGCUGGCUCCGGGGUAUCUGCCUGAAUGAAGACAGGGUUGGUGAGCCUAAGAUGAGGGGGAGCCCGGCACUGCUGCUUGCAGAGAGGACCCUGGGAGAAAUUAAUGUUCGGUAUCCUCACACCAUGAGGGGCUGGCGCAUUUCUGCAACCAUAGCAGGGAAAAAUACGUUAAGCUAGGAGUUGCAGAUCCCUGCCGCUCCUGACAUUUGGGCAUUUUGAGCCCACAGAGGUAAUUUCUGCACAGCGGUCUCCCCAAUCACUCAAGGGUUUUUUUUUUUAUGGAACUCAGGAGUCCAGGUAGUCACGACCAACCAGAGAGGGAAACUGAGGCCCAAAGAGGAGGAGUGAUGGUCCCAUGGCAGAACAGGAGCGGGCACCCAGGACCCCAGAGACCUUUGGGUCUCCUUGUUACCUUUAGUUUCCCAUCUGCAUACUUCUCUUCCCCUGGACAAUUCACUGCAACUCAGCCAUCACCCAGGUGGCCUCACUGGCCACGGGAAGCUGCCCCAUUCACUGCUGCUCCAGACCACCUUGUGACAUUCCUGCAGGAUCCUGCCUCCCCAACCCCCAAGCUUGCUUCCUCCCUGGAUCUUGCUCUCAGACCAGGGCUUCACCUCACCCUGCGUGCUGCCACUGCACACUCCAUUCUGGGCAGACUGCAUGGUGCGUUGGCCUAGCAGGCUUCGGGCCGGGCUGGCUCUUUUGCCCAAGUGCCUUUUGCUCCCUUUGCUUAUGUGUCUGCUGUGUCAGGUGCACACUCACCCUGACAUCCUCCCUUUUUUAUGCAGCAAGUAUUGUCUAGAUAGACAUCAUAACCCCUCUCUGCCUCUCUUUCUGUUCACUUGUCUGCCCACGAGCUCAAGAUCCAUUUUAAGAGCCCCCAUGUCAAUUUUCCUUUUGUUCUCUCUGCAGUCUGGGAGCUCAGUAAUGGUUAACUAUAUGAAUGGGUGGGCUCUAAUGCAUUUUAAAGAUGGCAAAUGAGGAACGCAGGGAUGUUUUUCUCUAGAUCUAGAUAGUCAUUGAUUCCCCAGAGUAGCUUUUUAUAGAGCUUUCUAUGGAGGAUUCUUGUAUGUCCUGGGUUUGAUAUUAAAA